CACGGGACGAGCGGGGGCGGCGGGCGGUAGUCUGGGUCUGCCUGGGGUGGGCGAGCGGGCGGGAGCCGUGGCGAUGUCUUCCAUCGCCUCCUAUGAGAGCCUGGUGCACGCCGUGUCCGGGGCUGUGGGCAGUAUGACUGCAAUGACUGUAUUUUUUCCGUUGGAUACAGCUAGGCUUAGACUUCAGGUUGAUGAGAAGCGGAAGUCUAAGACAACACCGGCAGUCCUGUUGGAAAUAAUCAGAGAAGAAGGCCUGUUGGCACCAUAUCGAGGAUGGUUCCCUGUUAUCUCCAGCCUUUGCUGCUCCAAUUUUGUUUAUUUUUAUACAUUUAAUAGUCUUAAAGCUCUCUGGGUCAAAGGUCAGCAUUCAACCACUGGAAAAGACUUGGUUCUUGGGGUUGUUGCAGGUGUAGUGAAUGUACUCUUGACUACUCCUCUUUGGGUAGUGAACACACGUCUGAAGCUGCAGGGAGCAAAAUUUAGAAAUGAAGACAUUGUACCAACCAAUUAUAAAGGUAUAAUAGAUGCCUUUCAUCAGAUAAUACGAGAUGAAGGAGUUGUAGCUUUAUGGAAUGGUACUUUCCCCUCCUUGCUGCUGGUCUUCAAUCCUGCCAUACAGUUCAUGUUUUAUGAAGGCUUUAAACGGAAGCUUUUGAAAAAGCAGCUGCAACUCACAUCUUUGGAUGCUUUUGUCAUUGGUGCAAUAGCCAAAGCAGUUGCCACCACCCUCACUUAUCCUCUGCAGACAAUACAGUCAAUUCUGCGGUUUGGACGCCACAGGUUGAACCCAGAGAACCGAACACUAGGCAGUCUUAGAAAUGUUCUUUACCUUCUUCAACAGAGAGUGAGGCGUUUUGGAUUAAUGGGACUCUACAAGGGCCUUGAAGCAAAGCUCCUGCAGACAGUCCUUACUGCUGCUCUUAUGUUCCUAGUGUAUGAGAAACUGACUGCUGCAACCUUCACUGUCAUGGGAUUAAAGCAUUCGCGCAGACAUUGAAAAAGGAACCUAUGCCAAAGAUUGUGGGGUCUGGAAAACACAUUCCACUUGAGACCAGGCUGGGUAACAAAGGGUCCUCACUUCCUCUUUUUCUCUUUCUUUUUAGCCACCUCCAUCUCCAUUAUUUGGAGAAAGUUGGAAUACACUCUAUAGGACCUGUUGCCAUGAAUUCAAGGAUAGCCUGUUCCCUACUCUUCUGUGGACUCGCUGUGUUAAAAAACAAAGUAGAGACCUUAUUUAAGCACUCGACAUGAAAUUUUAACUACUAUACGAUUUGGUUGACAUUCUUGGCAAGAAUGAGUAUCUCUCACUAUGCUUUCUUGUUUUCCCUCAAAUCAUCCUCAACUAUUCUUCUAUCUUUACCUUCUGUCAGCAACUGGUGGGGCUGGUUUCAUGUUAUCUUCCUUGGUCUGUGUUUAUGUCACUUCAUGUUUGGUUCAUUAAAAUAAUUCAUAAAGAACAAGAUUUUGGACAUAAUUUUCUUGUAACUUCAGUAUGUUUGUGGCACAGAAUGAUAGGCUAUUGCCCUAAAUAUCUGGUGGUGAGAUUUCUGAACUGCUAGAAUGUACAUUAUCAGUGAGUAGGCACACUGCUGCCUUGAAUCCACCUAUUUUGAACCUUGAAAAUUUUGAAUGCUGGUACAGGCUAGGUAGGAGGAGCAUAACCUCAUGCUUUUUCAAGCUGAGUACCUCAAGCUGCUUCAAGAAAAUGGACUUGCUACACAGAAAUACAUGAAGUUCUGUAACCCUGUUCCUUGUGAGAAUAUGUGAAUUCAUGCCAUGUUCUCAUGCAGACAGGGAGCACUACCCUAUGCUUCAGAAGUGAUACGCCCUCUCAAAAAUGUGCUUUAAUUUUUAAUUUUUCCACUGAUCUUCCCAGACGCUUUCCUGACCAUAAAGCAUAAAGGUCAUAACCGUUGUCCCAGUUAAUGUAAGUAUGUAUGUUCUUUUUGCAUAGUUUUGCUCAGUAGUCCUAGGCCAUAAAAUCCAAAUAAAUCCUGCUGUGUCCAUCAUUAAGUUUGCAGUAGGAUUGUUCUGAAGAACAGUUUUAUAUAUUUGAAGUAUUGAGAAAUUCCAUGGUAGUUUAACACAAAGAAUGUCUGGGAGAAGAAUUAAGUGCUGCAGGAAAUAUGUUAGUGAAUUGCUAAAUGGCACCCUUUUUUGGGUCUCAAUUGAGUCAAUUCUAAGUAUGAAAUUGGAAUUCAGUUCUGCAGAUAAUGCUGUCUUUUGAACGAGAAUAAAAACUUUACCACU